UCGGUAACCAAGGAACGAGAUCACUCAACGUUAUAUAUUAUAGUAUACAAUUUUAUUGAGUGUGACAUGAAUGGGAAUUGGCAAAUUAAAAUAUUUUACGGCCCUUAUCAAUCGAAUGGAAUAAUUAAACAUCAAUUUUAUAGAAUACAAGGACUCCUCAAUGAACUUAUCGUCAACGGUUUGGAUGUAGAAACGAUACCCACAAAUAAUCUGAACAGAGUUACCGUUGCAAUGUACGAUAAGAUUAUUUAUACGUGUGAUAUAAGAAAUUUAAAAUUCAACAUGGACUGUCAAGAUGAUCCUGUAUGUCAAAAAGCUGUUAAAACUAUUUUAGAUGUAAUUAAAACAGCAACACAUAAUGAUGAAAUGAAUGUGGAUAGUUCUUCUACUUUUGCAAAAACCACAAGAAGUACACUCGACACCUUUUCAGAACCAGACGAGGUUGUACAAGUAAUACAUACUAUUGACACAAAACCAUCACAGACUGGAACAAUACUUACUUAUGACGUAGAUGACGAUUAGCAAUUUAAUUUAAUUUAAUUAUUUCAAAUAUACUAAAUUAAAAUGUG